CAUCCCCUAAAUCACACCACCCACUGUUCUCCUUCCACCACCGCCGCCGCCGCCGCCAAAGAUGGCCGCCAAGCUUGGGUUCACUGCAGCCAAGCCAAGAUUGUUGACCGCCCAGUUCAGAAACCCCUUCGUCUCCGUCUCUUCUUUACCAUCCUCUGCUCCUAGAGUCCACUCAAUUCAGUUCGGCCCGAGAAAAUUAUCUCUCCGCCGCAGACUGGUGGUUAUUUCUCCCAAGGCCACCGCCGAUCAGCCAGGUCAGAUCCAAGAAGAUGAAGUUGUUGAUAGCAACGUAUUGCAAUACUGCAGUCUCGACAAAAAACAGAAACGAACCAUGGGGGAAAUGGAGCAAGAAUUUCUACAAGCACUUCAGUCAUUCUAUUACGAAGGAAAGUCUAUCAUGUCGAACGAAGAAUUCGACAAUCUCAAGGAAGAACUAAUGUGGGAGGGAAGCAGUGUCGUAAUGCUAAGUGCCGAUGAACAAAGAUUUUUGGAAGCUUCGAUGGCUUACGUAUCUGGGAAUCCAAUUUUGUCCGACAAAGACUUCGAUGAACUGAAACAGAAACUUAAGAGAGAUGGAAGCGAUAUUGUGGUUGAGGGCCCACGAUGCAGUCUUCGCAGUAGAAAGGUUUAUAGUGACCUGAACGUUGACUACCUCAAGAUGUUUCUUCUGAACGUUCCGGCUGCAGUCGUUGCAUUAGGAUUGUUUUUCUUUCUUGAUGAUUUGACUGGAUUCGAGAUCACCUAUCUCUUAGAGCUUUCGGAGCCGUUCAGUUUCAUUUUCACAUGGUUUGCGGCUUUGCCCCUCAUACUAUGGUUAUCUUACACGUUCACAAAUAUCAUCGUGAAAGACUUUUUGAUCUUAGUGGGCCCCUGUCCAAACUGUGGCACAGAGAACACGUCAUUCUUCGGUACCAUAUUAUCCAUAUCCAGUGGUGGUUCUGUCAACACAUUAAAAUGUUCAAAUUGCGAGACCCCACUGGUAUAUGAUUCUAAGACACGAUUGAUUACAUUGCCUGAAGGAAGCAAGGCAUGAUAAGGAUUUUGGGGGAAAAAUUGUAAUAAGGAUAUAGCACCUUAAAUGAAGACGAUCGAAGAAGGGAUAUUUUAUUGUAAAUGUACGUACGUAAAAUAAAAGAUUCGGUACACAAAUUGUUAGUCGAAAGGCUUAAUUCGAAUGUGAUGAUUUGUCUUUAUACAAAUACAGAUCCAUGUGUGAAGAAGAGGUGCUUACGCUUAACCCGUUAAAAAAUUUACACUUGUGAUCAUAUAACAAAUAGAUUAAUAAAUAUAUAUUUUUAGAAU